CCGAAAUUGACCUGCCAAGAUGGAGAAAUACGCGCUGUACUCAAAGCCCAAGGAUGAGACGGACCUGGAUGACACAUUGAAACAAUGGCAUGGUGAAGUGCGGGAGACCAUCCCGUUGCCACGACCAAAAGCCGGAUCUGGUUUCUGGGCCGCUCUCAAAUCCGCCAUCGGCAAGGACAUCACGCACGUGUCCAUGCCGGUGCACUUCAACGAGCCAAUCAGCUUCCUUCAAAGAUUGACAGAGGAUCUGGCCAGCUCAGACGUGCUCGACAACGCCGCAAAGCAAACAGACAGCCUGAAGCGCCUGGCGUAUGUGGCCGCGUUUUCCUGCUCCAUGUAUGCCUCGUCUGGCACGGGGUUCAGGAAUUACAAGCCCUUCAACCCGCUGCUUGGCGAAACGUACGAGUGCGUGCGGCCUGAUCUCGGGUUUCGCUGCAUAUGCGAGCAGGUGAGCCACCACCCGCCCAUCUCUGCGAUGCACGCGGAGUCUGCGAGCGGGUGGGUGGUCAAGCAGGAGUACCAGGGCGUCGUCAAGUUCCGCAACGUCAUGCGGGUGAUCCCGCACGGUAUUGCGAGCGUAGAGUUCCCGGAAGACAAUGAACGGUACACGUUUACAAAGCAGACGCUUGUGGUGCACAACAUCAUGUUUGGGCGUAUGUGGGUUGACCACGAGGGGACAGUGACCAUCACCAACCACCGUACGGGUGAGACGUGUGAUAUGGUGUGGUCGCCCUACUCCUCCGUCGGCAAGCGCUACUUCAACCUCCACGGGUAUGUGAAGGAUGCGGAGGGGCGGGUGCAGUACACGAUCAACGGGCGGUGGGACGAGGGCCUUGUUCUCAUCCCGGGCGAGGUGCAGUGGGCACACCUCAGAGACUCAACCCAGCUCAAGGAUGACAGCUUUGAGCGGUUGUGGACGGCGCCCCCAAUUCCGCCAGACUGCAAGGAGAAAUACGGCAUGACCACGUUCUCCAUGUCACUCAACAACAAGGAGGAUAACGUGUGUCCGACGGACAGCCGCCUGCGCCCGGACCAGCGCUUACUUGAAGACGGCGACAUGCAGACCGCAUCAGAUACAAAACGCGCUCUCGAGGAGAAGCAGCGUGCUGCGCGAAAGGCACGAGAAGCCGAGAAAGAGCAGCACACGCCACGCUGGUUUCAGCUGGUGGAGGACCCAGAGACAGACAGGACGUGGUUCACGUACAAGGGCAGCUACUGGGACGAUAAGGCCCAGGGCAAGUUUGCAAACAAGGCGGAUUACCCAGACAUUUACGUUUAGCCGUUCCUCCCAACACAGCUGCUCCGCUAGCUCCUGCACAAUGACAACACACACACACACACACACACACACACACACACACACACACACACACACACACACACACGACCACGUUCACAUAGAUGCACAAACAAGACACGACCGCACGCUCUCUCUCUCACUCACCAUUCAUUGGACUAGCUUGCUCGCUUGUCGUCCCGCGUCUUCGUGUUGUUUGUCGAUUUGUUGUUUCGGACCCUUGUUACGUGUUUUAGCUGGCGUGCUUGUUGCCUCGCUGUCAUGUAUUUUUCUGUUUCUCUUCUGCACGCCCUUUGCGCUUCGCUCGUUCUUUCUUCUUUUUACAACAUGUCGAAGUGAUCUGCCAGGCACCAGCUUUCAAUACGAACGAAUGCAACGCGUGGAGCGGCACACCGAAGUACACACACGCACACACACACACACACACAUAAUCGUCUUGCUCGCUAACUUGUCUGCUUCAGCACAUGAAAGAUGUCAUCAUUUACUUGCAAAACGAAUCAAAGAAACAGGAAUCAAG